GAUACAGGUAGGAUUGCCGCUCCAGCCCACCAUGACGAGCUACUUUUCGGCUUCGCCCGCCUUGUCGUCGUCGUCUCCUGUGCUCUCUCCUUCGAACGAGACUCUCUCACCGUCGAUCGGCUCUGCGCAACGAUCCAACGCCCUUUCCAACAGAUUAACAAGUGUACUCUCCGCGUCUUAUGCGGACUCCGAUAUACGAGAUGCCCUCGAGACAUUGGACCGCAGAGGUGUCCAUAACACCGCAGAUACCAGGAGGCAGCUGCGCUUGGAUGUUCAGAAGGAGGUGAUUGAUUGUAAUGGCGAGAUUGUGAAGGAUUUCGGCAAAGUCGCAGAUCAAUUGAAACGCAUUGGAACAGUGAUCACAAGCUUGAAUCGAACAUGCGAAGAGAUGCGCAAGCAUAUCAACCAGGCAAAACAAGAGACGGCUCCGGUUCUAGAGGAAGCCUCCGCGUUGAUGUCUCAGAAGCAAGAUACCGAGACGAAACAACGCCUCCUUGAUGCUUUCACCAAGCAUUUUAUAGUCCCGGAUGAGGACCUCAUUGUCUUGACCUCUGCUGAAGAGCCUGUCGAUGAUCACUUCUUCGACGUUCUUGCGCGCGUGAAGCGGGUGCAUCAUGAUUGCGAGGUCUUGCUUGGUGGAGAGAACCAGCGAUUGGGCCUGGAGAUCAUGGAGCAAAGCUCCAAACAACUCAAUUCCGCUUACCAGAAGCUGUACAAGUGGAUUCAAAAGGAGUUCAAGUCGUUGAAUUUGGAAGAUCCCCAGAUCAACAGUUCGAUUCGAAGGGCAUCGCGUGUGUUGGCGGAGCGGCCCAGCCUGUUCCAUAGCUGCCUGGACUUCUUUGCAGAGGCGAGAGAGUAUAUUCUGUCGGACUCUUUCCAUUAUGCUCUUACAAAUGCAGUCUCCGCAGGGGAGGGAGAGCGUAAUGUCAAGCCGAUCGAGUUUUCUGCCCACGACCCGCUCAGGUAUAUCGGAGAUAUGCUUGCCUGGGUACACUCUGCUGCGGUUUCAGAGCGCGAGGCCUUGGAAGCACUCUUUGUUACUGACGGUGAUGAAAUAGCAAAGGGCAUCAAGGCAGGAAUAAGCAGCGAACCGUGGUCUCGCGUUGACGGAGAGGAAGACGUUGUGUUUGACGGUCAGAAGGCGCUCAAUGGUCUCGUCGACCGUGACAUUAACGGGGUAUCAAGGUCUCUCCGUCAACGAGUUGAGCUGGUCAUACAGGGCUGCGAUGAUCCCGUCACCACCUACAAGGUUGUUAAUCUGCUGUCUUUCUACCGAAUGACGUUCUCUCGGUUGAUUGGAGCAGAGUCCAACCUCGCCAAUGUGAUCAGCUCACUGGAGACAUACACAUUCGGCCACUUCCAGACACUUCUUGGAGACCAGGUUGGGUUGGUAUCCGGCGAUCCAGCUGCCCUGACACCGCCGCCCGACUUGUCGGUGCCGCAAUUCCUGUCCGAUGCUCUUGACGUCUUGACACACUUAAUGAAAGCAUACGAUGCUUCUUUGGAAGGCGUCGAUUCGGAAUCAACCUCGGACCAGGAAAAUAAAUUCACCCCGGUCCUCCAUGUAGCCUUCGAUCCCUUUCUCGACUUGGCAAAGUCGACCGCCAGUGAUCUGUCCAACAAGACAUCGAAGGCCAUCUACCAGACUAAUAUACUCCUUGCUGCGCGGUCCACCAUCCUACCAUACCAAUUCGCCUGCACCACGCAUUUGGCUCCUAUCUCUACAUCUCUCUCGACUAUCCGGAUGGACCUUCUCCAAGCCCAGCACGAUUUCUUCCUCGAAACAUCCGGCCUGCAAGACCUCCUCACUGCGCUGGAGCCCUUUUCUCUACCUACCGAUACCCAAGACUCCGAGAAACAACCACAACAACCACCCAGUCUCGCAUCCGUCGCCUCACUACCGGCCUUCCAGCCUGACACCCUCUCCUUAACCAGUCAGCAACUCGACGACUUCCUCCCAUCCGCCCUCAUGGACGCUACCGAUAACCUGAAGCGAGUCCGCAACCCGAACCUCGUCAAGAGCGUCACGGAAGAAGCAGUCGAGGCAUUCUGCCGAGACUUCGAGUUCGUUGAAGGCAUGAUCAUCGGCGCGGAUGAGGCCAGAGGCAUCACGAAGAUCGACGCUGCGGGAAGUGAAAUCGCUACUACUAUUACUACUGCUGAUGGCGAUAAAGAGGGAGAAGAGAAGUGGAGUUUGAGAGCGUUGUUCCCGAGAACGACGGGAGAGAUUAGAGUCUUGUUGAGUUAGUUAGCAGGGAUAACUAGCAGAAUAUGCAAAUAGUGAAUGAGAAAGGCAUUUACAGUGAUUAUGGUAAUAUUUGAUUUCUGUCCCUG